AUGGCCCGCCCCAGGAAGGCGAAGCCGCCGCCGCCCUCGCCGCCCAAGGCGGCGGCGCCGUCCAUCGCCGAGGCGCUGCUGCUGGCCACGGUCUGCAUGGUGGGCCUGCCCGUGGAGGUGCGGGUCCGCGACGGAUCCGCCUACGCCGGCGUCCUCCACACCGCCUGCGUCGACGCCGGAUACGGUGUUGUGCUAAAGAAAGCAAAGAAGUUUGCAAACGGGAAGGGAGAUGCGAAUCUGUCGCUGGGAUCGUUUGUGGACACUCUUGUUGUUCGCCCAGAUGACCUUGUUCAAGUGAUUGCAAAGGGUCUUUCCCUCCCCCUUAAAGGUGUUUGUAGACCUCUUGAUUCCAACGUGAUGGCUGCCAGUGGAUCCUUGAAGCCUCAAACUUCACCAGCAAAUGACCCGAAAAUGUCUAAAACUGAAAAUAUGUCUCCACUUAUGCAAGCUGAGAAAUGCACCUCAGUGGGUCAGGAGAAAAAUACUUCUGUUAAGAAAAAUGGUCAAAAUAGUGGUAGCACUACAAGUUUAAGCUCUUCAACCGGACAUGCGGGGCCAUGUUUCUCCAUGAAUGGGGUUUCUAGGUCUGCAACUAUGGUGCCUAAAGUUGAUGUUGUUACAAGUUCAGCUAUAGCUGCGCCCGUGGUGGCUUCAGAUGUUAAACCCUCUCAGCCAGUCAAUAAUUCAGUUACCAAGAUUGUCACGUCAAGCAAAACCGCUGCUAAGAUCGUGGGCCAUAAUGCAUCCAGGCUAGACCCAGCCAGAGUUGGCACACCAUACCAUCCCAUGCAGGUGGGCGCAACCUACACUACCCCUAGUCCUCAGCCUGUUAUGACUGGGAAGUUCAGUCCUGUUGUUUAUGUUCAACCAGUUCCUCAGGAUGCAAUGCAUGGAACACCCCUUGGUUUUCAAGGAUGGCCUCGCCCUGUGCUGUUGAAUUCAUAUCAAGCUAGCAUGCAGAAGUUCCAAGGCAAUACCCCGGUGUAUUUGGCCCCUCCAGUCAUGGCAACUGGGAACCUGCCAUUGGUGGUGCCAAGCCCUGCACCACUUGUGCAGCCGUUCCAGGCCAUUCAUCCCAUCAUGGUCCCUGCUGCAAGCAGCAUGGUCCCAGGAACCUACCAAUGA